AUGUGUUGUCAUGACAAUGUCAAGCCAGAAGUAAACGUCAGUGCAAUAUUUUGAACAUUUCACUGAUAGGUUAUAAAUACACCUGAUCGAUCAGUAAUAUUGAUAUCAGAUAGGUGUUUUAAUUACUAACUUAUAAUGGUUCUCUUAGAAAAUGAUACCUUUUUAACUGAACUAACGAAGUUAUUCCAAAAAGCUAGAACAAGUGGGUCUGUUACAAUGACGUUCAAAAGAUAUGAUGGGAUCGAUAGACCUGUACCCAGAGAAGGAAAACCACCUCUUCCUGAACCUCAAGAACAUAUGUGUCUAAUUAGAGCUAAGUCUGGUUCAAAAAAACUUGCUACAGUUAUCAAACAGAAAGACAUUAAUAAGUUUCAAGUGGCAUAUAGUAACUUACUUAGGGGAAAUUUAGAUGGUCUGAAGAAACUCAAAAAGCCCAAAACAAAAAACAAAGCCGAAUAAUUUAUGAUUAUUUUAGACGAUAAUAAAUUUAAAAUUAUCUUUGAAAGUGAUACAUGUGAGGGUUUCUUUGAUAACAAUAGGAAGUCAAUAGAUUUUCUUGCAACCCUAAAAUAACAAUUUUGUGUUUAAGAAAUAAACCUUUGGCUGUUUACUGAGC